AUCGCUUUGUUUCCCUCUGUCCAAACUGAUAUUGUCUCUUCUAAACUUUCUGCAAAGAAACUAAACUGCUUUGUGAUUUUAUAUUUCAGGUAUUACCAUGUAAUUUCCUGGAUGAUCCUACGUUUUUAUCCUAAGAGAAACAAGAUGUUCUCAGUGACUUACAGAUGUCCCUACUUUGUCAUUGAUAUUAUCUCCCUGCUGAUCUCUGCUUAUUUGGCUGCCUAAAUGGAUGAGGGUUUUAAUGUAACUUAUAUAAUUAUUGGUGGACACAUCGAAUUGGAAAAAUACAGAUAUCUUUAUUUUGUGAUCAUUCUUACCGUAUAUUUUCUCAUAAUAAGCUGUAACUCCACUAUAUUGUGUCUGAUUUGGACUCACCGAAACCUCCAUGAGCCUAUGUACAUCUUUAUCGGGGCUUUGUUAAUCAAUUCUGUUAUUUGGAGCUCUGUUAUCUACCCUAAACUUUUGAUUGAUUUUCUGUCUGAAGAGCAGACCAUAUCAUACUCAGCUUGUGUUUUACAGUUUUAUAUGUAUUACUCUUUGGGUGCGUCAGAGUUCUUGCUUUUGUCAGCAAUGGCCUAUGACAGGUAUGUUUCUAUAUGUAAACCUCUACAAUAUCCAACUAUUAUGAGUAAAUCUACUAUCAGUAUUCUGUUGAUUUUAGCUUGGACUAUACCUUCCUCUCAGAUUGCAGUAGUAGCUGGACUUAUUACUAAUACACAACUCUGCAGCUUCACCAUAAGGAACAUCUUUUGUAAUAAUACAAUUUAUAAACUGCAGUGCAUCCUCAGUAGAGCACAAAUUAUACGUUAUUUGUUCAUUUUAGUAACUGUUCUAUUCAUGCCUGCUUUUUUCAUAAUAUUCUCUUACACACAUAUCCUUAGAAUAUCCUACCGAAGUAGCCAGGCAGUGAGAAAAAAAGCAGCACAGACAUGUGUACCCCACCUAAUUACAUUGAGCAGUUAUUCCUGUUUGUGUGUAUUUGAUGUCAUGGCAAUUCGGCUGGAUUCAGAUUUUCCAAAGACUUUAAGGCUAAUUAUGACUUUACAGUUAAUCAUGUAUCAUCCACUCUUAAAUCCAAUUAUAUAUGGGCUGAAAAUGAAAGAAAUUUCAAAACAUCUCAAACGAUUGUUCACUCGGGCCAAACAAUGCUGAUAUAAAAACACUGCUUUCAUUCUAGACAGUAAUGUUUCAAUCUACAUUGAUGUAAUACUUUAGUAAAUUUUUUAAAAUUCACAAGAAAUGAUUUAAUUUAUUUUUUGGCAUCACAUAUUGUUGAGGUCUGGGAGUUUUGUCCUAUUUUGUCCUGCAGUUUUCAAGUCCAUCCUUCAGAGGUCAUGUGGGAGCACGGUUGUUUGGGUUGCUCUGCUGAUUGCCUGCACAUCUUCCUCAUCAGUUUCAGACUAUUUAAGCACUUCAAUGCCAUAGUGAAAACUUGCUUUUCACUGUGGCAAUUUGCUGGCAUUUACUGACUCCUCUCCACAGUCUAUUCUGUUUGAACCUGAUCUGCCUUCCACUAUGCUCUCAAAACUCUUAUGCCCUCUUUAGCCACAACCAUCUUUGAUUCAACCCUUUAGCUCCAACACCCAGAUCCCAUCUUAACUCAUCCCUGGUGGAUCCACCUUAUAUGCCAAGUAAGAACUUUCACACUCUCUUCUUCAAAAUCAACCUGUCAUUCACAUUCAGCCUGAAUCUAAUCCACCUGUCCUUCCAGAGUUCCUGCCACUCCUGCCCCUAAACAGCUUCCACAACCUUGGCAAUAUUCAUAUGCUCUUUGUAAAUAAAACUUUUAAAGACUGCA